CCUCCUCCGUCUCGGAAGCAGCCAGCGCGGAAACCUCUGGGGACAAGGACGAAAAGGCCACGGGGGUGUCCCCGCGUCCAGCCCCAGGCGAGCCCCGCCAGCCGGCUGAAGCCAGCGGAGAACCCCGGGCUGACCGUACCUGAGGUGUCUUCAUAACAUGCCCGUGGAGAAUCCCCUCUUUUUUCGCCCCGCUCCCAAGAUGGCGUCGAUGCGGGAGAGCGACACUGGCCUGUGGCUGCACAACAAACUGGGCUCCACGGACGAGCUGUGGGCGCCGCCGAGCAUCGCCUCGCUGCUCACGGCUUCGGUGAUCGACAACAUCCGCCUCUGCUUCCACGGCCUCUCCUCGGCCGUCAAGCUCAAGCUACUCUUGGGGAUGCUGCACCUGCCCCGCCGGGCGGUGGACGAGAUGAAAGGGGCACUGACUGAAAUUGUCCAGCUCGCUACCUUGGAUUCAGACCCCUGGGUCUUAAUGGUAGCUGAUAUUUUAAAAUCCUUUCCAGAUACUGGCUCCCUUAACCUUGAUCUUGAAGAACAGAAUCCCAAUGUUCAAGAUAUUUUAGGAGAGCUUAGAGAAAAAGUAAGUGAAUGUGAAACUUCAGCUAUGUUGCCGUUGGAAUGCCAAUACUUAAACAAAAAUGCUUUGACAACACUAGCUGGGCCACUUACUCCCCCAGUGAAACACUUCCAGCUGAAAAGGAAACCUAAAAGUGCCACUCUCAGAGCUGAACUCUUGCAGAAGUCAACAGAAACUGCACAGCAGCUCAAGAAGACUGCAGGAGUGCCUUUCCAUGCCAAAGGCAGGGGACUAGUGAAAAAGAUAGACACAACAACACCACUCAAAGGAAUACCAAAACAAGCUCCAUUCAGGAGUGCCUCAGCACCUAGUGUGUUUAGUCCUUCUGGAAACAGAACUCCAAUUCCUCCUUCGAGAACCCCUUUGCGCAAAGAGAGAGGAGUGAAGCUUCUAGAUAUCUCUGAGCUGGAUAUGGUAGGUGCUGGCCGUGAAGCGAAGAGAAGAAGAAAGACAAUAGAUACAGAAGUUGUGGAAAAGCAAGCCAAAGAAGAAACAGUGGUAGAAAAUGCUACCCCAGAUUAUGCUGCUGGCCUUGUCUCUACACAGAAACUUGGCUCAUUGAACAAUGAGCCUGCACUACCUUCUACGAGUUAUUUACCUGCUACCCCCAGUGUGGUGCCAUCUUCCUCAUAUAUCCCAAGCUCUGAAACACAGCCAGCUGGUUCUGCACGAGAGGCCUUGCAGACUAACAGACAGACUGAAGAGCCUGCAGCUCCAAAUGCCACCACAACGCUUCCUGCACAAUUCAAACAAAGAACACCCAUGUACAACAGUAACUCUAAUCCACCUGCAGCUACACCUACCUCACCCCUAACACCUACCACACCUCCUGCCAUUUCCCCUGCAGCACAAGCGGCACAAGUGGCCCCCCAAACUCAGCAACAGCCACCACCCAAAAAAAGCCUAUCUCUUACAAGGGAGCAAAUGUAUGCUGCACAGGAAAUGUUCAAGACUGCAAACAAAGUUACAAGGCCAGAAAAGGCUCUUAUACUUGGAUUCAUGGCAGGAUCCAGAGAGAAUCCAUGCCAAGAGCAAGGUGACAUCAUCCAAAUUAAACUUAGCGAGCAUACAGAAGAUUUACCAAAGGCAGAUGGCACUGGCAGCACCACUAUGUUGGUUGAUACAGUCUUUGAAAUGAACUAUGCUACUGGUGAAUGGACCAGAUUCAAGAAGUACAAACCUAUAACUAAUGUUUCCUAAGAGAUGCAGCAACAGCAGACUGGACCAAAUCAAGCUUAGAGUCAACCAGCUCAUAGAGUAUGACAACUGUACAAAACUGCAUUCAUGUAAACGUUUUGUAUUGCCCUCCAGGCCAGAAGUUGUGGCUCUUCAACCUAACUGGGCGCAGUGAACGCAGAAGAUGGUGUCAAACUUUUUUUUUCCUUUCUUUCUUUCUUUCUUUCUUUUUCUUCCUUUCUUUCUUUUUCUUUCUUUCUUUCUUUUUUUUUUUUUUUUUUAAAUCUUGGGAGAGGGAAAGGUGAUCUUAGGGUAGAAAGUUGUUGAUGUGGUUUUGUUUUCCUGCAGUUCAAGAUGCUGGAAAAGGAGAUCAAACUGAAAGGUUGGAGGUGGGAGCAGUUUACUUCUGAGUACCAGAAGGGAAAACUACUGCACAGUCAUUCACGGUUUACCAUUAAACAAGGGCACAGGUCUCUACUGUAAAAAUAUUUUCUUUGGCUACAAGAGUUCUAUUGUAAGAAUGGACAUUUAAAGCACUACUGGUCAGUGCUUAAUUAUUUUGUAAUUCAGCUGCAGUAUAAUUAAAUACUGCAGGUGGUAGCUGUCCAGUGUCUAAUGGUACCCCACUGUAUGUUUAGCUUAUUUAUGCUUGGGUCAUAGGAUGGGAUUGAGCAGCUUUGUUAACUUGCUAUAUUGUCAGUGUCCAUGCCCAGCAUGAGUUAAUCUAUAUUUGGCAUUAUUUGAUAUAAAGAGAAACUGAGUAUUUUAACUUCACUAUGAAAAAAAAAAAAAGGCAAAAUUAAGAAAAAAGAAAGCUAGUGGUGGCGUGUCACUGCCUGAAGUGAUAGCUCUUUACCGUGUAAGUCUUAGGGUAGGUGUUGAGCUAUGGCUCUUGCAUAGCAAACCCCUUGAACAGAGUAAAUUACCUGGGAGGAAGUGAUGCUGUUACAUCUCAAGAUCAGUUGCAGCUUAACUUAAAAAUGGCCGUAGAAAUGGUGGAAUGACACAUCUGAAUAGAGAUGGUUGGGGAGAUCUGUUGUCUGGAGGCAGUGUUAAUUUACAUUUGGUUGAGCAGUCAUAAGGUACUUGAUGGCCAAGCCCUGAUCCAAACUGUUUUGAAUGACUGUAGCUGUAGUUCUUACCAGUGUAGUGAUAUCAGUAUAAUCGCUAGUGUGGCCACAAUUAUACUGGCAUAUAAAUGUGCUUUGUACUUGUCCCCUUCUAGCAGAAGCGCAUUUUUAUCUUUAUAACUGUGUUCACACUGCUGGUAUGAUCUGGCUUUAAUUGUACAAAUAAAGCUUUUAUUUGUUGAGAGGGCUUAUGGCCAUAGUUCAGGAUUCAUCCUUUGGAGAAGUGGUUUCAUCAUUUGAAGUUAACUUGAGUUAAAUGUCUGGUUUCUGCCAGUGCUUGUAUGUGGAGCUGUGCUUGGUUGGGAAUGGUGCUUAGAAGGAAGAAGUACAAAGAUGAGUAGCACAGUGGUGGUUUGAUGCUGAGGAGGUAUCUUGAGCUGACUAGAGGUUCAUGUUAAAGUGGAACUCUUAAGACAAAAUGAGGCUAUUUUCUUUUUUUCUGAAAAGGAAGCAGACCAAAUCCCAUACAUAGACUUACAUAGUAACAAAGAUGCUUAGAUGAUUGAUUAGAGUUUUUUUGUGUUAGGGAAUUUUUAUUGCAUUUUAUUUUUAGUUUUUCAAACAAAUUAUCCAACUGGACAGGACAAUUAUAAAUAAUAAAGAAAAUCUGUGUUCUCUACAGUGUUUUAAGGCGUGACCAAAAUUAUAGAUUUCUUUAUUUUUAUUUAAGCGAAUAUACAGAAUGUUCUAGCUCCUGUAGAGGGCAAGUUACUUGGUUGUUCCUGCUACCGUUACAGAGUUGUGCAUGUAUUAGUGUGAAAGUUACUGGUGUAACUGUCACACUGGGUGUUCUCCUCCAGAUAAUUACCCCAUUUCAGAAGCAGUGUAGAUUGUGAUUCUGAUUGCAAGUUUUCUUAAACACCUAGAAACUAGCCUGACAAGUGAGGAGAAGUAGUGGGUUUUAGUGUUUAGAAUGAGUUCAGUAGAAAUGCAUCUUCAUGGUUAUAACUUACUUGGUUAUAGUAUGUUACACAGUAGGGCCUAACAAUAGAGUAUGAAAAUAUUCAUCUUUUAAAAGAAAGUUUUGAAAGAAAAGUGACAUUCCUUUUCUUGUCUGUAUUCAGAUUUUAAAAGUUUUUUAAAGCUUUCUUAUGAUGACCAGUUUUCUGUAAACACAUAUAAUACUUCUGUCUUAACUGUUCCUGCUGGCUAGAUAAGCUGCAAGUACUAAAUACAAUUUUUAAGAAAGAACCUUAGAAAAUUGGCUGACUUGAGGGGCAUUUACUGCCAUUGUAAACUGUUGAUGCAAAACUCUGAAAAUCAGUAGUGAUCAGGAGCUGCUGCGUGAUGGCUCUUUUGGCUUACUUGAGGUUGAUGGGGGUCCCUCACUAAACUGUCUUAGUCUGCAGAAGCCUGCGUUUUGGACCUGUGUGGUCAGAAUGGAGGCAGCUGUCCCUCUCCUUUUCAAGCAGCUCUUCUUGAGUGCAGUGGAGUUACUUGAGUGCAGUAGUGUGUAGGAAGCUUAACCAUGCUGCUACCUAUUUGUAUUUGCUGCAUAACAAAGGUGGUCUCCAGGCCUGUUUGUCUAAAGUCAGUUGUAUGCAAUAAAUUGAAAUUUUAAAUAGAAGCAUAGUAUAUUUUUAAUUCAGUUAAGUCAUUAGGGUGAGACAAUGUAACACUGCAAAAAUAAUUUAUUUUUAAAGUGAUUUUAUGACCCCCAAUACCAGAGCAUUACUUCAACUUGAUGAAUCUAGAAAGUUGUUUUUGUUUUUUUUUUUUAACUGCCUAAAGAAAGGGAAGCUUUUGCAACGUUGUUAAAAUGAUACAGUACUGAUACAGUAUGAAGUACAACUACAUGGAGUUCUUCGGUUAAGAGAAUGAGAUCAUGGAACCAGUGACCUCAAAGUAACGAUAAUGCCAGACAACUCAGAAAGGGCAGCAUCAGCAUUUAAAUUCCAAAAUAAUGGAAUUAUUACAUAAAGGACAAAAUUUGGCCCUGAAACUUAAUAUUUUUUUGUCUUGAAUAUUCAGUCACUUGGAUGUUAGCUAGAUUUCAUUGAGUGGGGCUCAAUGUGUGCUGUAAGAUUUAACAAAAACACUUGUUGACUCUAUAAUACCUUGCAGAUGUACUGACAAGUUGACCAGAAUAGUAGUUUAGAGUUUUCUUAAAGCUUUAUUUGUGUCCUUUCCUCCUUCCAUUUAUCCAAGCAUAAAGUUUUAGGAAAUAGCAAGCCCAAACUUCCAUGUGCACUACUGCUCCUCAGCAGGGAAGGAUGUCCCAGCUUCUCUUGCCCUUGCAUCUGUCUGUGCAGCCUAGGCAUGAUAUGAAUUGGCUUCUUUAAUCUUGGGAGGAUGGAAUACUGGAGAAAGAAGCAAUGAAAGUGGUUUGUGUUUUUCCCUGGUCUGUGCAAACUUUUUGUUCUUAGAGAAAAAAGAGCACAGGCAUGCAUAUGCAAGCUUCUUUAACAACUUGUCCUACAGCAAAGUGCUGGGUUUCUUUUAGGCUCCAUUUUCUUUAAUGAGUGCCAUGAGGGACCAGAAAGAGUGAAAUGAGUGUAAUAAAGGUGAGCCCAAGGAGGAUGCUGAGCAGGAGUUCUGGUCAUAGAUUCCAUCUUCCUUAUUGACAGAACAUUUGUUUUUUUUCAUACUCUAAUGUUCUGCAGUUAUCUCCAUACAAGAGGCUAGGCAUAGUAUGGUUAACACUAGUAUUGGGCCAGUAUUUUGUGGGUUAACUUGAUUUUCACUGGUGGCUUUGCCAUUUACUAUUUCAGUUAAAUUCCACAGGAUAUGGUGCAAUGAGGAGGAGCCUUUGGUAGUUGCUUGACAUCUCUGUGUGAAAUUGGUCACUUCCCUCACUAAGUUGUCAAAGUGCAGACCACUUAUCUAGGUGAAAGAAGUUUGAGACUUUGACUUUGUACAGUUCAAGAGUGAAUCACAUUUUCAUAGUAAGAUCUGAAAAAAAAAAAAAAGAGACUAAAAAAUGUUAAGCCAGAGCCCUCUGGGAAUCUGGUGCCUUUAACAAGAACUGUCAUUUUGUAAAAUGUUACAUCUAUAGCAUAGCCCUUAUGUUUUCUAUUGUUUGGGUUUUUUUUGUACAGUUGUAAAUUCAAAUUAUUCUGUCUUUGGGUACGUAUUUUCAGUGUAAUACAGUAUGUAUAAUAAAGAUUUAGAUUUUUCUAAGGAAA